AUGCCUCCAAAUGGGCCCCAGUCAGAUGUGUCUCAAAAGAUGCAAGGUCUUAAUUUAAAUGGACAACAAGGUCCAAAUAUUCCUUCAUCUCAAUUGCCUCCUGGACAGUUUCCAACUUCAAAUUAUGCUCUGACUUCCAAUUACAGUGGGCAGUUACCCCCUGGUGUGAAACCUACAUUCCAGCAAAGCAGGCCCCCUGUAAGCAGUGCACCUCAACAAUUUUCACCUAUAAAUCAAAACUUUUUACCUCCUUCUUCAACCCCAGGGUCUGUAUCACAAGCGCAAGGCUUUCCACCAAAUCAACAAUUCCAACCUCCUACUUCAAUGCAACAAGCGGCUCCAAAACCUCAACAAGGUCAAGGUCCACCAUCCCAACUUGGACCACCAACUUCUAUGGCACGAUCUGGACCUCCUGAUCAAUCAAAUCCCGGUAUGCUCCCUCAAAUGGGACCUCCCCAAGGUCUCCAAGGACCCCCUGGUAUGCAACAAUCUCAAAUGAGAGGUCCUGAACAACAAGGAAUGCAACAACCUCAAAUGAGAGGUCCUGAACAGCAAGGAUUGCAACAACCUCAAAUGAGAGGUCCUGAACAGCAAGGAAUGCAACAACCAGGCCCUACAUCAAAUUUCCCUGGUCGUACGUCACAAGGGCCUGGUCAGCAACCACAACCAGGUCAAAUGUCAAAUUUACCUCCUCAAUCUAUGUCAGGUCAGGGGCCUCCUGCUAAUCCACCAAAUUUUUCUCAAUCUGGCCAAAUGCCUAGUCAGCCUGGUUUACCACCUCAACCUGGUAUGCCACCACAGCCGAAAUUACCACAAUCAAGCCAACCUGGCAUGCCACCUCAGCCAAGCAAUAUGAGCCAAUCUGGUCAAUCUGGUAUUCCACCACAGCAAGGUCUGAGUCAACCCGGCUUACCAUCACAACCUGGGCAAUUACAACAAUCGGGUCCACAAUCUUCUGGUUUAAGACCACAAACUGGACUGCCACCUCAACCUAACCAAACCCAACCAGGCUUUAGUCAACCUGGAAUGCCACCCCAAUCUGGCAUGCAACCUCAGUCAGGUAUGCCGCCUCAAUCUGGAAUGCCUUCGCAUCAUGGAAUGCCACCCCAACCAGGCAUGCCACCUCAACCUGGCAUGCUAUCUCAACCCGGUAUGCCACCCCAACCUGGUAUGCCACCUCAACCUGGUAUGCCACAACAUCCCGGUAUGCAGCCUCAACAAGGUCUACCGUCACAACCUGGCCUUCCUCCACAACCCGGUAUGCCGCCACAACCCGGUAUGCCUCCUCAACCUGGCAUGUCUCAACCUGGACUACCACCACAACCUGGAAUGCAGCAAACACAAUUUACCAACCAAUUCCCGUCUAUGCCUGGCUUACCACACAUGCCGCCACCAUUAAGUCAACAACCGAGACAGUUUCAAGCACCACCUGGAAACCAACCAGGAUAUGGACCACCACCUGGACAGCCACCUAAUGCACAAUAUCCUGGUAUGCCUCCCCAACCCCAGCCACAAGCUGGUUACCCACAAGGACCCGGAUACCCGCCAUUCCCCGGUCAACAACCCAGCUACAACACGCAAUACCAACAGCAACCGCCCCAAAAGAGACUGGAUCCUGAUCAAAUGCCUAGUCCCAUUCAAGUAAUGGCCGAUGACCAACAAAAUCGUGGAGGAGUGUUCGUAACAAAUGAAAAAGGUUUGGUGCCACCUCUAGUCUCUACAGACUUCAUUGUCGAUGACAAAGGCAAUGCAAGUCCUAGAUACAUAAGGAGUUCUAUGUACAGUGUGCCUGUCACCGCUGACCUCCUCAAGCAGACCUCGAUGCCAUUCUGUUUAGUUAUAUCCCCAAUGGCGGAUACGGUGGGGUCGGAGCUGGAGCCCCCCGUGCUGGACUUCGCGGCGCUCUCGGGCUCUCCGACGCUGGGCCCCGUGCGCUGUUCCCGCUGCAAGGCCUACAUGUGCCCUAACAUGAAGUUCAUAGACGCAGGCAGACACUUUAAGUGUGCCUUCUGUAAAGCUACUACAGAGGUGCCAAUGGAGUACACGCAGUACAUCAACAGUAUGCAGCAGUACGGCCGCGUGCCGGCGGAAAUGGCGCUCGGCACCUACGAGAUUGUGGCCACCAAGGAGUACUGUCGGAACAACACCCUUCCAAACCCUCCAGCGGUAGUGUUUGUCAUCGACGUCUCCUACAACUCCAUCAAGAACGGUCUGUUGCAGACCAUCUGUGAUAACAUUAUGGAUAUUCUUCAGGCCAUGCCGAAGGAUGAACAAACAGGCAAGAGCUACACGCGAGUGGGAUUCAUCACGUACAGCACUACUGUACACUUUUAUAAUAUUAAAGGCACGCUGGCUCAACCACAAAUGUUGUCGGUGGGUGACGUGGGCGACAUGUUCGUGCCGUUGCUGGAAGGCUUUCUAGAGCGCCCAGAGGACUCCGGGCAGGUGCUGGAGUCGCUCCUGCAGCAGCUACCGGUCAUGUUCCAGAAUAACAAGGAGACGGAGACCAUAUUGUUGCCCGCUGUGCAGGCGGGUUACGAAGCCCUCAAAGCAGCGGACACGUCCGGACAGCUGCUCGUGUUCCACACGUCCCUGCCCACUUUCAACGCUCCAGGCAAACUCAUCAAUAGAGAAGAUAGGAAGUUAUUAGGCACUGAUAAGGAGAAACAGAUUUUGAGCCCUCAGACCACGGCGUACAACGAGCUGGGGCAGGCGUGCUCGGGCGCGGGCGUGUGCGUGCAGCUGUUCCUCGCCAACAACGCGUACGUGGACGCCGCCACGCUCGGCCAGCUGCCGCGCCUCACCGGCGGCGCCACCUACAAGUACACAUACUUCACUGCGGAGACGGACGGCGCGCGGCUGGCGUGGGACCUGCGGCACGCGCUGACGCGGCGCACGGCGCACGACGCCGUGAUGCGCGUGCGCACGUCCACGGGCGUGCGCGCCACCGACUUCUACGGGCACUUCUUCAUGUCCAACACUACCGACGUCGAGCUCGCCGCCAUCGACUCAGACAAAGCAAUAGGUGUGGAGAUAAAGCACGAUGACAAACUAACAGCAGAAGACGGAGUGUACAUCCAAGCGGCUCUCCUCUACACGCACGCCAGCGGGCAGCGGCGGCUGCGCAUCAUCAACCUGGCGCUGGCGUUGGCUCACCAGCUCGCAGACGUGUUCCGUUCCGCUGAACUGGAUACUGCCAUCAAUUUCUUGACUAAGCAAGCGGUGUGGGCGCUGCGGGAGUCGCCGCCGCGCGCGGUGCGCGAGGGCCUGACGCAGCGCUGCGCGCGCUCGCUGGCCGCCUACCGCCGGCACUGCGCCUCGCCCUCGUCCGCCGGCCAGCUCGUGCUGCCCGAGUCCAUGAAGCUGCUGCCGCUAUACACCAGCUGCGUGCUGCGCUCCGACGCCGUCGCUGGCGGUCCGGACAUAACGUGCGACGACCGGUCGUGCGCGAUGUACCGCGCGCUGACGGCGGACGUGUCGCUGUCGCUGGCCUACACCUACCCGCGCCUGCUGGCGCUGCACGGCCUGCCCGCCGCCGCGCCCGACCCGCUGCGCGCCUCCAUCGACAAGAUGAGCGACCAGGGCGUCUACUUGCUGGAGAACGGUGUCCACAUGUUAAUCUGGAUCGGUUCGAACGCGCCGGCGGAGUUCGUGCAGGACGUGUUCGGCGCGCCGGCGCAGCACGUGGACGCGCACGUGUGCGAGCUGCCGGCGCGCGACUCGCCCGCCGCGCGCGCCGUGCGCGACCUGGUGGCGGCCGCGCGCGCGCUGCGACGCAACGCCAUGCGGCUAACGGUGAUGCGACAACAUGACAAGCUCGAGACGGUAUUACGCCACUUCUUAGUAGAAGACCGUGGAGUAGACGGAAGCUCCUCCUACGUCGACUAUCUCUGCCAUAUACACAAGGAGAUCCGAGCUCUGCUA